AUGGUAAUAGCGAAUACUGGGCUUGGCCGCGUCCGACCUCAGCUUCAGGGCAAGGCAUCCUUAACCACGUCGGCGCUCUUGUCCGAUUGUGCCUGGCGGUUGCGGUCCGAAGCUCGUAACCCCCCGGGAUGGUCGAUCAAAAGAGUUGCCGCGCGCGCAGGAGCCCUUAUACUGUAUACCGCCAUCCCGUCAAGCGCUAUUGACGGCGACUACAUUCUCGUAUGGGCCAUCAUCGCCAUCAGCAACCCACGUCCGUCCCUCCGUAGGAAAAUGAAACCUCGCAAGGACAACCUUCCUUCCAGAAGCAACAUUACCGGGUACUCGCCCUUCUUCCUCAAUGAUAGCAGAUCCGCCCAGAUCCGGCUGUCGGUCGGGGCUAGCCAAGCACUCCGAGCAGCACGGUGUGCCUCGACCACCACCAGCCCUGAAUCGCUCAACGGGGACACUCCCGCGCGCGUCGGGCACGCGCUAGAAGCGGCCGAAUCUUCUGGGCGGCUUCUUCGCUGGGACAGCGCUUCGAACUUUAUCGAACGCGUCGGUCGUUCAAUGAUUCAUUUCCUCCAGCCGCCACCAAUUCAACGCUCAAUAUCGUACUCGGGCCCAUGGCGGAUAGCCCGCGGAUUGCAUGCCGCAAUAGGCACUGACAUGGCUCCGCAGCAUCCAUAG